AUGUCUCAAUUUUCUCCUAUCAAUAUGUGGCUCGCAUUUAUUGAUUUUGCCUCAUGGGCCGGACAGAAGAGGGGGGGGGGGCGGAAGCCAGAUGAAGAGGAUAUGGUAAAAGGCGAAGUCAUUGUCUUGGAUAGAGAUGCAGAGGAAGUUGCUCCACCAAAGGAUGCUGAUGAUGGAGAUUGUGAUGAAAAAUUCAUAGUUGUUGAUUGUAGUCGUCCGAUUCUCGUCGAAAAAAAAAAUAAGAAUUCGAUUCAAGGACCCAGUGAACCAGUUUUUUUUUUCAAUCCGGAUGAUAUUGGAUAUACAGAAGAUAUGGAAAUUCAAAAGAUUUGA